UUGAAAGGAACCUCUGGAGAUAAGUGAGUCUAAGUCCAUGCUAAAGCACCUACUCCACAGUACCUCACACAGGAAAGCGUUCAGAGGGGUCUUACUUCUCCCUAGAGAAGGAGAAUCGACAGCCUCUCUGGGCAGCUUGUUCCAGUGCUCCAUCACCCUAAGAGCAAAGAAGUUCUUCCUCCUAUUUGUAUGGAAGUUCAUGUGUUUCAGUUUUUGCCUGUUGCUCCCGGUCCUGUCACUGCAAACUACUGAGUAGAGACUAGCCCCACCACUUUAACACAAACAAUUCAGAUUUAUAAACAAUGAUGAGACAUUCUCAGUCUUCCUCAGGACAAACAGGAUGAACACAUGCUGGCUGUGUUCCUUGUAAUACACCCCAGAUACCAUCGGCCUUCUGGGCCACAGGGGCACAGUGCUGGCUCUUGGACAAUCUAUUGGCCACCAGGACAUGCAGGUUAUUCACCAUAGAGUUCCUUUCCAGCUCCUUUCCCUAACCUGUACCGAGGCACGCAGUUAUUACUCCCAAGGUGCAGGACUCUACACUUGUGCUUGUUGAAACUCAAAAUAUUCCUCCACGCCCAACUCCCUGGACAUAUGCUUCCACGAAGUCUCAGUUCUACCCAAAACAGACCUGAGGUAGCCACUUGCACAGUGCUGCUAUCUUCCCCUCCACCAACUUAAUGAACAUCAUGUUUAUAAAAUUUCUUCUCAAGGAUCACACAGCACAUACAGAAGGAGUGGCAGUGCCUGGAAAUACCACAGUCGUCACCCCAGAUGCAUAUACAGACACAUGAAUGUGAAAUGCUGUUGGGUUGACUGCUGUGGGGGCAGAAGGACUGCGCUGACAUCACCAAGCAAGAGGCUGUGAUGUCACCAAGAGGUGCACUGUGACCGCAGCACCGUCACUGCUCAGCUUUGGGCGCAGGCAGAGCCUGGCCCAGUCAGUCUCGUGCCUGGACUCCUGCCGAGCGCAUCUGCGAGGUUGGAAGUGGAGCGAGCAUUUGUCUUGGGUGCUGGGCUGUGCUUUGGGCACUGCUGGCAGCGGCUCUCGCUGCCCGUCCCUACAGCCACCACCACAUACUGCAUUUCCCUGGCCUGUCUGGCUCAGGCAGCUGGGGCUUCACAGGGUGCUCGUGCAGCAGCAGAGUGCACAACAUUCACCACUGAGGCUCUGGUGAAGAGGAGCAGUGCCUCAUCCUCACUCCCCAGUGGACCACAGCAUAAGGACCAUGGCAGCAGAGCAGGAAUGGGUAUGUCCCAUCUGCCAUGAUGUGCGCAAGGACAUUGCCUACGCGGUGCCGUGCCAUCAUGAGUUCUGCCUCGGCUGCAUCCUGCGGUGGGGCAAGCAGAAGAAGAGCUGCCCCCUCUGCAGGAGGGACAUGGAAGUGGUCCAGGUCACUGCGUGGGACAAUGACGAGGACCUGAACUUCAUCAUCUGGCCUCCAGCACCACCAGUACCUGUCUGCUUCCAGGAAGGCGCUGCUCUAAACUUCAGCAGCUCUAGUCCUCCGUCGUCCCCUUUGCUAUCUCCUCUGCCAUUCUCAGAUGAGGAAGAGGAUGAGGAGGCAGUCGAGGAGGAAAGUGAGGAGGCAGAUGAGGAGGAGGACGAGGAGGAUGAGGAACUGGAGGACGAGGAGGCAGAAGAGGGUCCUUUAGUGGGCGGCCUCCGGCCUCAGGCCUGGGCACGGCUGUUCAGGCAGCACCAGGAGAUCCUGAACCCUGUGCUGCCCUGGCUGCGCCGAGAGCUGAGAGCCAUCUUUGACACUGACUGGUGGCCGACAAUGGCAGCAGCGAGCUUCAUCUUUGAUGCUCUGUGUGACAUCGGGCUGGACAGAGAGGAGCUGAUAGAGCUGAUGUGGCCCGCGCUGGAGGAUGAAACGGAGACUUUCAUCCAGAGGCUCAUUCACACCGUCGUGCGCCGAUGCAGCGAGGAGGCCCACAGACUGCUGGGUCUGCAGGGCGCCCAUGUGCCUGGGGUGCAGGAGGAGGGCCCUGCAGCCAGGGGACAGGAGGACAGCUGGGUGGCCGCCCCUGGCCCCGCAGCCUCCCCACAGGUGACCCUCGCAUCAAGGCCGGGACUCUUUGGCAGCACUUCGAGCCCCAGCAGAGAGGAGCAGCCCGGCACAGCAGGGGCUGACAUUCGUGCGGGUCCCAGUCAUGUCCCCGCUGCACACACGGCGAGGGAAGCGGAGCGGCCGCACGAGGAGAUGGAGCAGGCGGCAGCAGCAGGUCCCUCUGCCCAGGGCAGCAGCCCCUCCGCUCCCGGCCACUCGCCUGAGAGGGCCCGGCGGCCCCCUAAGAGGAGCGCCGACAGUGACCAGGACCCACAGCCGCCCUGCAAGAGGCCGCCCCCUCGGUGGGACUAG